ACUGGGAGAGGGAGAGCACGCUGACACCAGGCCUUACGUUCCACUCGAGCGUGCCCCACCCGUCGUUUUCGUUCGGCGGCAAGACCGGCCAGACGGUGUGCACCGUCGCAUUCCAGAAGGACGCCGUCACGCCUUCCGUGUCGGGCUCCGCACCCGCCCUCCACGCCUGCGUAGACGUACGUAGCACAUAGAUGCAUGCUGAGACACAGUGCGGCGGGACGAAGACGGACGUCGCGCUCGCGGACGCGAGCGGCAUCGUUGCGCGCGCGCUCGGCCCGACCUCCAAUAUGGCUGAGGUCGGGCUCAAGCGCUCGACCGAGAUCAUCGUUGAGACGGUGCUCAAGGCGGUCGCGACCGCACUAGGCUCUGCGGCACCCAAUGGAUCUCCGUCCGUGGAGUCGCUCUGCCCUAUUACCUUCGCAUCCGCUUGGCUCGGGGUAUCGGGGUGCGACACGCCGGUGGACCAGGCGCGCAUGGCUGAGGCGCUCACCCCAUUCUUCGGCUUUGCGCCGGUAGUGCACAAUGACGCGCUGCUCCUCGGCGGCGCGCUGUUGCGCCUCGGCGUGCCAUGGGGCAUCGCACUCGUCGCGGGCACGGGCAGCGUCGCCGUCGCCUUGGAGGCCAAGGAGGGGCGCGUGACACAAGCAGCGCGCCGGGGCGGGCACGGCUACCUUCUAGGCGACGACGGGAGCGCGUGGGACGUGGGCCGGUGGGCCUGCCGCGUCGUGGUGGACGCAUAUGAUGCGGGCGAGAAGGAGGGCGAGCUGGCCGCGACGGUGCGCCGACAUUUCGGCAUCGCGUCCACCCCCGAGCUGUUGAGCAAGGUGCACGAGCUGGAGGGCGGGACGGCAGUCGAGGCCGCGAACGCGGCCAAGCUCCGUGUGACGUCGCUCGCGCGUCCCGUCCUCGAGCUGCUUGCGCGCGAGGAUCCUCUCGCGGAAAAGGCCGUGCGGCUGGCCGUUGCCCCGUUCGCGAAGAGCGCCGUGCACCUCGUCCACCAGAUGUACCGCAUGCGCGGAGUGGCGUUGGGCAGCAGGGCACAGGCGCCAGUGCUCGUCUGUGGUGGAGGAUGUUUGCGCCAGCCGCACUUCCGCGCCCUUGUGCUCGACAUGUGUUGGCAGGAAGGGGUGACGUUCAAGGACGUUGUCGUUGUCGAGGACGUGGCGGGCGAGGCUGUGAUGGGCCUCGUAGAGGCUUAGAAUCUUAGAUGUAGAGCUAGAAUAGAUGUCGCUGUAGCAUACUUGUUGCGGGGCGGUUGAGCGGGCAGCAGAGCG